UAUGGAUAAAGAAACUAAAAAUUCUGAUGAAAUAACUUAAUAAUUGAAUGGUAUAGCCUAAAAAUUUCAAGAAGAAAAUAUCUAAUUUACUUACAAAUUCAUGGGUGAAUGGGUGCCUUAGGAAACAGAAAAAGUUUCAUUCACAAUAGACACCUAAAAGUUGAGUUUUCAUAUUAAGGGUAAAGAUCCAUAUGGAACUUGGAAUCAGAUAGGCUUAAUAACUAUUAAUAAAAGUAAUCAAGUUGAAACAUUUUCAAGAAAACUUUAUGAUGAUUCUUAUCUUCAUGGAGGUGAUGUAUUAAUAUAUUAUGGAUAAUAUGAUAACUCUAUUUAGACAUUUAGUGGAAAUUGGUACUACCUGGAGGGAUAAUAAAAAGGAGAAUGGUCUCUAAAAUUUUAAAUUUAAUGA